AUGGACAAACUUAGAGAUUUGUGAUGGAAAGAAGAAAUAGAGAUUUCUUACAAGUCGCUGAUUAUCAAUUCUAUAGUCGGAAUAUUUCCUACUGCUUUAAGAGUGAUAAAAGAAAUUUUUGUUCCAGCGAAUUUUCACUGAACGGAUUUUCUGCCCUUUGCCUUGUCUAAUGUCUUUGUUUGGAUUUUAACAAUUCUUGCGUCGAAAUUGAACAGUAGCAUGAAGCUUUGUAUUUUGCUAUUAAUGGCAGAGUUUUAUAGUAUAUCUAUGAGUCUCUAUUCAAGAAAUUAUAUAUAUUACCCUUUUUUCGAAAUGCUUUCAUUUUUCCUUAAUCUCUCUAAAAAUUGAUGCCUUAUAGUAAAUUUUGUAUUAAUAAAAAACUUAUAUGGUUAACUCAUAAUAAAUUUAAAAAAUUAAAAACAUCUUUUUGAUUAAUUAGAGAAUUAGAGUCCAAUUUACAUUUUCAGUGAUAACAACAAAAAUAGGAUUUUGCUGCUCAAUACUCACCCAUAUGAUAGUUUGGCACUACUGGCUAUAUGCAGAUUUUAAGAAAUUCGUUUAUCAUACGAUUAUUUUUAUUUUUUCCUGCGGAGUAUAUUGGGUUCAUACUUCAAAAGUGUCUUUUGAGCAUUUUUCAUAUAGAAAUCAGCUUGAAAGUACUACAAAUCGCCUGAAUACAAUUACACAAUCUUUAUUUGAUGGGAUUAUUAUAAUUUCAGUUUCAGGUGAAAUCGACUUUUUUAACGAAAAAUCCUUACAAUUACUUAACACUAAUGAGGAAAAUUUGAAGAAAAUUAUCUGUAAAACACAAUAUACAAUUAAUAAAAAAAUAUCUGAUUUUAAUACAUCAAAUAGUCUAUGAGAUGAUAUCAGCUAUUUAUUAGCAAAUUCUAAUAAUCAGGAAUAUACAUUAGGAAUAACUAUUCCAUAAGCGUCUAAGUGGAUAGUUCAUAAGCCCCAACCCUCUAGGCACAUCUAGUUGGCAAGCUAACUCAGUCAGAAAAUCUGAUAUAAUUGAUCAAUUUACUUACUUAAGGUUAGCCAGCUAUCUCAAAGCCCUAAACGAUUUAUUAGUACUCUUACAGUAUACAUCAGGCUGUGAUAGCCUUGAGUGAAAAGCACGCAAUAUAACUUGAGAAGACCAUUCUGCUUUAUUUGUGUCUAUAAGAAAUGCAAACCAUAUUAUCAUGCUGGAAGAAGACAUUGCUAAAGAAAACGUCAAAAACCUGAUUUUACGCUCUGCUUCCCAUGAGCUUAAGACGCCUUUGAAUUCCAUUAUUCACUUCACUAAUGAGCUUCUUGAAAAUUUUCAUUUUAAUGAUGAAAAUAUUAACUCCCUCUGUUAACGAAAAAAGCUAUUAGAAAAAUCCCUAUUAAGGUAAAAACCCUCCGUGAGCAAAAAAAAUUUUAAUAUUAUGAAAAAAUUGAUAUAAAAGUGAUAAUUAUUAUAACGAUAUCUUUAACUUUAUUUUUAUUUAAAACAUAAAUUUUGGUAAAUUAAAUUAAUUUUUACAAAUUUGAUUUUUUUUAAAUUGUGAAAAAUUUUUUGGUUGGAGAAAUAAGAAGAUUUUGACAAUUAUCUCAGUUUCAAGCAAACUGAUGCUUUCCCUUAUAAAUGACUUGCUUGAUUAUUCGAAAAUUCUAGCAGGGGAGCUUAAAAUAAGUAAAACCUAUUGUGAUAUUAGAAGCAUUGUUGCCAAUGUUUGCAAUUUAAUUCAUUUGCAAGCUGAAAGAAAAGGAAUUUCUGUAGUAAGCAGAAUAGACCCUUCUUUGCCUGCAGAAAUUUUUACAGAUCAGAUGAGGCUAAGCCAAGUGCUUUUGAAUUUAUUAACGAAUGCAGUAAGACAUACACUAAAAGGAAAAAUUGAAAUUUCUCUAGUCAUGACCCACAAAAAUCACUUAAAAAUUUAUGUUGAGGACUCUGGGAUUGGAAUGGAAAAACCUGCAUUAGAAAAUCUUUUAGCAAGCUUAAAUUCUAUUGCGAUACAAUGAGUAAAUUUGCAAGGAAAUGGUUUUGGGCUCUAUAUUUCUAACUUAUUAAUUAAACUUUUAGGAGGAAAAGGAGUCCAAGCUAAAUCUGUUAUAGGGAAAUGCUCAAUAUUUUAUUUUCAGAUUAAUUUAAACGAGAAUGACAGUAAAAAUUGUAUCGAGUUCAAAAUGAAUCAUAAAGAAUUCAAUGAGGACGUCGUUCCAGAAAUGUCAUUGUCAAUGAAAAGCUUUAAAGAGAAACGGAGGCGAGCUGUAUUAAUAGUAAAUUAUUAUAGAAUUUUUUUAGCAGCACGACGAAGUCGUGCUUUAUCUACUUUUAAGAGUUACGCUAUUUAGUAAGGCUGAUUCUAGAGGUAUUUUCGUAUUAUUAUUUUAUUAUUAAUAGUAGAUGACACAGAGUUUAACUUGGAAAUUUUGGAAUCAAUUCUAAAAAAAUACCAAAUUUCUUAUGCAGAAGCCCGGAAUGGACAAAUCGCAGUUAAUAAAGUAGUUGAACAAGAUAGUUUAGAUAUGGGAUUUAAAGUGAUUAUUAUGGACUGCAGUAUGCCUGUUAUGAAUGGAUGAGAAGCUUCCAGGCUGAUAAAUCAUUAUUUUAAAGAAAAUAAAAUCAAAAACUUGCCAAAUAUCAUCGGAUAUUCUGCUUAUAAUUCUGAUGAAGACAGAAAACUUUGUUAUGAAAGCGGUAUGGUAGAAUUUUUGCAUAAACCUUGCUCAUCUGAAGAAUUGAUAAAAACUGUUAUAAAAUAUUUAUAA